AGACAACGUCCCAUUAAUGAAACGUUACCAUCCAUGUCAAUAUCAUUUAGUCAUCACUAACAUAUCGCCACAAUAACUAAUGAAAAUAACAAAAUUUGUCAUUGUUGUAUUUUUUUUAUAACGAUAAAAAUUGGUACUAUAAUACAGACUUUUGUGGCGACAAAAAUUUUGUUGUCAUUCAUAUUGUCAUCACAAGAAUCUACUUUUCUUAUAGUGUGGAUACGUGGCUGCAGGCUGCCGUUGCCAUUGCCACGUUAUCUUAUUAUAUAUGUAUAUUAUAUAUUAUAUAUAAUAAGGUGAGGUUAAAAUAAAAACUUUUUUCUCAUGAGAACGUGAGAACCUUUGUAUAAAAUGUAUAAAGUACAUGCACACUACGAUUAUACACAAAAAUAUAAUAUUAUCAUAGAUGAAUUAUUUUAUAUGUUCAUGCAUUUACGUUGUACCUUCCUUGUACAUUACAUGCACAAGUUCUAUUGAAAAAUUAAAUAUUUUGUAAAAUUUAGAAUUGUUGAACAGAUCAAUAAUUUUGAUGAAUAAAUAUUUUUAUCUGAGAUGCGAAUCCUGGAGUGACGUGAUUUUAUAAAAUACGUAUGCUCGAUUUCGUAAUUUCAUAAAAUAUUGAAUUUUCAAUGGAACAUUUCUAUAGAAAUUUAGAAUUGUGGUUUCUUUUCCUUAUCUCUCCGCCAAGAAAAUGCCUUCCACCGCACAUUUCUUGAUUGUGCCACUCUGCACAGCUCUCUUCUUCUUCUUCCUCCACAAAUGGCGCCGCCGCCGCCGCCUCGCCCCGACACGGCCGCCUCCGUCCCCGCCGAGGCUCCCGGUCGUGGGAAACCUCCACCAGCUGGGCUCGCUCCCUCACCGAUCCCUCCAGCAGCUCUCCCGCCGCCACGGCCCGCUCAUGCUCCUCCACUUCGGCAGCGUGCCCGUCGCCGUGGCCUCGUCGGCCUCGGCGGCGCGCGAGAUCAUGAAGGACCAGGACCUCAUCUUCUCCAACCGCCCCGCGCUCAGCAUCCCCGGCCGCCUUCUCUACGGCAACCGCGACGUCGCGUUCGCGCCCUACGGCGAGUACUGGCGGCAGAUGCGCAGCGUGUGCGUGCUCCACCUGCUCAGCGGCAAAAGGAUCCAAUCCUACCGCCGCGUGAGGGAGGAGGAGACCUCGCUCAUGGUGGCGCGCAUCGCGCAGCUCUCGCCCUCGACGGUCGACCUGACCGAUAUGCUGGCGUCGCUGGCGUGCGACGUGAUCUGCAGGGCGGCGCUGGGGAGGAAGUACGGUGCGGCGAGCAAGUUCAAGGCGGCGUUCGAGGAGUUCGUGCGGCUGCUGGGGGCGGCGCCGCUGUGGGAGUACAUCCCGUGGCUGAGAUGGACGAGGAGGUUCGACGGCGUGGAUGCGAUGGUGGCGCGAGUGGCUGCAGCAUUCGAUGAGUUUCUGGAGAGUGUGAUUCGAGAGCAUAGGGUUGGAGAGAGGAGAGAGAGGGAUGGUGGUGGAUUGGAUUUUGUGGACAUAUUGCUCGAUUUGCAGAGAGAGAAUCAAGGUCGCUCCCCCGUUGACGAUGAUACUAUCAAAGCUAUCAUCAUGGACAUGUUUGCUGCGGGGAGCGACACUACAUACACAGCUCUUGAAUGGGCGAUGACAGAGCUUAUAAGAAAUCCAUCCACCAUGAAAGCUCUGCAACACGAAGUGAGAGAAGCAGGUGGAAGCAAGGAGGAUAUAGACGAGCAAGACCUAGACAAAAUGCCCUAUCUCAAGGCAGUGUUGAAGGAGGCUCUAAGGCUGCACGCGCCGGUGCCGCUGCUAGUCCCUCGCGAGCUAACUCGGGAUACGAAAGUGCUGGGCUACGACGUCGCAUCCGGCACGCGCGUGAUGAUCAACGCGUGGGCGAUCGGCAGGGAUCCGUCGCUGUGGGAGGAUCCGGAGGAGUUUCGGCCGGAGAGGUUCCUCGAGACGAGCGUGGACUUCAAGGGCCAGCAUUUCGAGUUCAUCCCGUUCGGGGCGGGCCGGAGGGGCUGCCCCGGCGUUGCGUUCGCGGUGGCCGUCGACGAGCUGGCGUUGGCCAAGUUGGUGCACAGGUUCGACUUCGGAUUGCCUGAUGGAGCCAAGAUGGAGGAGUUGGAUGUGAGUGAAUCUAGUGGACUCACAAUCCAUAGGAAGUUUCCUUUGCUUGUUGUGGCUACUCCACAUCAUUGAUUAUUUGAUUGUAAUCAUUCUAUCUCGAGCCCUCUUCUUAAUUCGGGGUCCUACGUGUCAUUUAUGCGUGUCAGUUAUGGUGUUCUGGUUUUGAUGCGAUAUAUGUACAAAGAGAGGUGAAAUUGACUCGUCGGUAUGUGUUAAGUAAAAUGUUUUGAUAUUUGUAUAAACCUUUGUACUAACCUAUAAGAAGAGGAAUAAAUUUCUUUUGUGUAA